AUGACUGGAAGAGAGGAUGCCUCUGAUGGAAAACCAAAGGGAAAAGCAUUAGCCCCCAGUGCUGGAAACGAGAAAUCAGUCAGACUGAACGCAUCUGGUUUUAGAUCCAAGGGCUUCGGCAUUACAGAUCUGCUUGGUUUGGAGACGGAGCUGAAACCCUCCGCUGGUCCUGAAGAAGGUUACAAUGUAGAGGGUCACCGCCCCCGGAUGGGGGUCCUUGCAUUUGCAGGGGGGUCCUUGCCCCUCGGUCUGGGAUUCCUGUGCAGUCUGGCAGCCCAGCAAACCUCAGCAGCACCCUGCUUCCUUCCGAGUCACGUCCCUGUUCUUCACACUAGGACAGAAGCACAGUUUAUGCAGAAUGUGGAGCAACACAAGAAAAACUACUCCGACGAUGAUAGUUUUUCUGGAGACCUGAACGACUUAAAAAACUCAGCAAACUCCCGAAAUAAAAGGAAAAAGAGGCGACACAGGACAGUAUUUACUGCUCAUCAACUGGAAGAGUUAGAGAAGGCGUUCCACGAAGCUCACUACCCCGAUGUCUAUGCAAGAGAAAUGUUAGUCAUGAAAACGGAAUUGCCUGAAGACAGAAUACAGGUGUGGUUUCAGAACCGGAGAGCAAAGUGGAGGAAACGCGAGAAAUGCUGGGGUAGAAGCAGCGUGAUGGCUGAAUACGGGUUAUAUGGAGCAAUGGUGAGGCAUUCCAUACCGCUUCCAGAAUCAAUAAUCAACUCAGCUAAAACUGGAAUGACGGGAUCUUGCGCCCCCUGGCUGCUAGGUAUGCACAAAAAGUCUUUAGAUCCAGCAAAGAAGCUCAGCAACGUGUCAGAAGGAAGUCAUUCAGAAUCUGGUUUAGAAGAAACGAAAUUAAAAGACAGCGACAUCCAGUGGGAAAAUAAUGUAAAUACAAUGGACAAUUUAGAGGAUAUGGCAAUUGACCUUUCCAGCCCUGCAAAACAGGACAUAAAAAUCACUUUGAAACCGUCUAACAUGAAGUCACAAAACAAAUCACGCAGCGAAAGCUAAACGCAUGUAGUAGAUAAUGCAGUUUUAACGGACACUGAGACUGUGAGUAAUAU